AUGGCCCAGGAUGGAGCAGUUAUGGGCUUCCAUCCAAUGUCAUGCCAACAACAUUAUGUUCAAGCAAUGGAGAAGACACCACAGCUUCCUCCUUCCAAGAAUGCGAUGCCUGUUUCUUUUCAUCCUUAUCAUGAUCUCUCACCCAAUGCUGGCAGGAUUCAUCUCUUCCGCAAGGGACUGACUUCCGAACCCCUGCGAUCUCAGCUUGGCAUAUAUAACAGUACUGGCUCCCUAACCCAGAAGAUAAUUAAGAUGAGCAACUUUGGAAGUAGCAGCUGUCCCAUCUCAGGAAGAGUCACAGCUCCGUGUACUCCAUUGAGAAGUUCCCCCUGUCCCUCAGGCAAUCAAGCGCCCCUAGUAGUCCCCGUCACUGGUGGUCAAAGUUCUGUAGUGACCUUUCGCUUUAUUGAGAAAGCCAAUGUGAAAACUUUAAAUGGCUUCCCACUGAUAGAAUCCAGAAAAGAAAACGGCUUGAGCAGAAGUUUGGAAUCCGAAGAGGAUUUUCACCUUGAGGCCAAUAAGCAGAGGAGCCGAAAGACAAAUGCUCAGACGCAAUAUUCCUUACAGCACGAAGUCACGGCAUCCACGAAUCCUGUCAUUUUGGAUAAUGGAAUGAGCUUCAAAGCACAGACAGAUAAAUCCUCUUUGACCACUACAGAUGAACAGGACCCCGUGGUUCUCAGCAGUAAGCAAGAGCAUCUUGGGUUUAAGCCAAAACCAGAGAUAUCUGCUUCAGAUCCCCUGCUUGCUGGAAACAGGUUUCUUUCAAAUGCACAACCCUCUUUGAGUUGGGGUAAUGGAACCUCACUUUCUCUUGGUGCCAGUUGCCCUCCCAGUUCCCUCACUGGUGAGAUGAGCAGUCUAUCUAAUGAUCUCUUGUGCCAUCGAAGACACCCACAGAACAAGGAACCACAGUAUCAGGGAAGCUUGUGGGCAUAUUCACAUGAAAGCUCUGCCCAUGCCCAGCGUGUUGCCAAGGCCAAAUGGGAAUUUUUCUACGGCUCAGUGGAAUCUCCUAAGACAGGAAUGCCAUCUCAGAAUGCACUUGAUCCUUCAGCUCAGCUCCUUGAGAAAUCCAAACUCUCAGUGCAAGAAAAUCCAGAUCGGAUGAGGCCAGAACACAGCCUGUGUCAUGUAGAGGUAGAAAUUGAGAUGACUCCACCAGCAAGUAAUGCAAAGUUUGAAAACUGUGAAACUGGAAUCAUCCGCAGAACAGUGAAGUAUUCAGAGACUGAUCUGGACUCAGUCCCCUUGAGAUGCUACCAUGAGACAAACAUAGACGAUAUUUUGGCUGAGAAGGAAGAAGUGGAUUCGGCCAUUGAGAGCCAGAAGGACAGCGAGAGCAAUUUUAGUUCCACCGGCAUUCCAAGGAAAGCAAACAUUGUUCCAAAUGACCUCUUUUUUCAGCAGGACAUGGAAGAGGAUAGCAAAGCUUUAGACAACAAGAACCAGGGGAAUAAAGACGGUGAAAUAUCUGAAGCCGUGGUACAUCAUCAGGACAGGGUCAUCCACAGAAAUUCUCAAUUACUGAAAUCGCCGGUACCCUUCCUGUUUGGGCAGAACAUUUCCAAGGAUAGUAUGGAUUCAUUCAGCAAGCAUUUUGAGAGCAUCAUGGAGUCCCAUCGAGCCAAAGGAACUUCUUAUACCAGCCUAGAUUCCAUAGAUAUCUUGUCUUCUCCCACUCAUAUACAAAAUGGAAGUGUCUUCACCUUUGAUCUUCCUACUCUUACUCGAGAAAUUCAAGAGGAAAUUCAAGACAGUGCUAAAACCAUUGGGCAGAAUUUUGCCCCCCUAGCUCUUCUGGAUCCAGAUUCUGGGACCAGUUCUGCCACAGAUGUUCCUUGGACUGAACGGGAAGAGGAAGCAAGACAAAAAUGGAAAAGUGGCUUGCAGAGUCCCUGCCAUUCAGAGGGCAGUUUAGGAAUUCCUCUGGCCUCCAUCAUAAGUAAGCAUCAUCUGAGUCAGCUGGUCUCCGACUCGGAUUCUGAAAUGGACAGCACCGAGCAACUAGCCCUGGGUAGCACGGACACGCUUUCUAGUGGACAUAAUGCUGAUCUAGAGGCUGCUAGACGCCUUGCAAAAAGGCUGUACAACUUGGAUGGUUUCAAAAAGGCAGAUGUAGCUCGUCAUCUGGGGAAGAAUAAUGAUUUCAGUAAGACAGUAGCAGGGGAGUACCUCAAGUUCUUUGAAUUCACUGGAAUGACUCUGGACCAAGCUCUUAGGUCUUUUCUGAAGGAGCUGGCCCUGAUGGGAGAGACUCAAGAACGGGAGCGGAUCCUAGCUCACUUUUCACAACGAUAUUAUGAGUGCAAUCCCAAAACCAUCCCUUCUGAAGAUGGAGCCCACACUCUGGCUUGUGCCUUGAUGCUUUUAAAUACAGACCUUCAUGGACACAACAUUGGGAAGCGAAUGUCUUGCUCAGAUUUCAUUGGGAAUCUGGAAGGUCUCAAUCAAGGCAGUGAUUUCCCCAGAGAACUACUCAAGGCUGUAUAUAGCUCUAUCAAGAAUGAAAAGCUACAGUGGGCCAUAGAUGAAGAAGAGCUACGAAAGUCCCUUUCGGAAUUGGCAGAGCCCAACUCAAAAUCUAUCAAAUGCAUCAGCAGCUGCAGCAACCCCUUCCUGGACUUCUCACAGGAUCCCAGCAUUGCCAUGUACAAGUAUGGUUUCCUGGUGCGCAAGAGCCAUGCUGAACCAGAUUGCAAAAAGACUCCAAGAGGAAAACGGGGAUGGAAGACUUUCCAUGGGAUACUAAAGGGAAUGAUCUUGUAUCUACAGAAGGAGGAAUAUAAACCUGGCCAAGCUCUGGCUGAGGAAGAUCUGAAAAAUGCUAUCAGCAUCCAUCAUUCACUGGCCACUCAAGCAUCGGAUUACAACAAAAGACCCAACGUUUUCUACCUCAGGACAGCUGAUUGGAGAGUCUUCCUCUUCCAAGCCCAGAACACAGAACAAAUGCAUUCCUGGAUCACACGGAUUAAUGUGGUAGCAGCCAUGUUCUCCGCACCACCAUUUCCAGCUGCCAUUGGAUCUCAAAAAAAAUUCACUCGGCCGUUACUGCCCAGUUCUUCCACAAGACUAUCACAGGAAGAGCAACUGAAGAGUCAUGAAAUCAAAUUUAAAGCCAUGGCAGCAGAACUCUUGGAGCAUCGUUCCUCCCUUCCUGAGAAGAAGGUGAAAGGAAAGGAGUACGAGGAACUGAAGCAGAAAGAGGAAUAUCUGAUAUUUGAAAAAUUACGCUACGGCAUUUAUGCUACACUAAUGCGCACCAAGUUGAAGACUGGCUCUGAGGAUCUGGCAGCUUUGGAAGCCACCCUGUUUGUUACAGUGGGUAGCUCAGAAGACAACUUCAAGGAGUCCCAGUCCAGCCUCCCCCUGAACCAGGAGCCAGCUGGCACAGGUUCCAAGAUAAAAUGCAACAAUCAGUAAGCUACUAGUAUACAACAAAGAUGAUAGAUGAUCGCUCUUGGCAAAGAAAAUGGCAUUCCUGUCCCAGAAAUUUGCAAAUUGUCAUUGCUCAUGGUCAGGAAGGAAGGGAAGACAUUAUAAAUGGGCCUAAUUCUGUAUCAACUUCACCAGUGGAAAGAUAUGACUACAGUCCUGCAUUAUACGGCCUUCCCAGUAUAAUCAGACUAUAGCUUAUGCUGAAAGUACUAAACUCUACGGUUAAGUAACAGAUCUGCAUUCUUAAUCAGUGCUUCACUGUACCAACUUUUUCUAUCUCUUGCAAAACCAAGAAUAGGAAAGUGGAAGAACGGAGACUACUUCCCUUCCUUUUCUUACGAUUUUUGUGAUAUAUUUUACAGUUUUUAGUACCGGAUAAUACUGAAUCACAUUGGAGUAGAAAAGGUAAUUUUGGCAUGCAUGAGACAGACAAUUAUGUUCAGUAAUACUUUUACAUAAGAGUAUUGGGGGCAGAGGUUCCUCAUCUCCCUUGCAGAUACAAUGCAGCACUGUCAGCCUGCAGGAGAGCAACUUCUUCCUGGAAUCCCAAUUCUUUCACCACCAGCAGUUCUCUUGGAGUGGCUCAGUUAUUUUUUCAUCAGCACAAGUUGGAUUAUGACUUAUCCUGAUAGUUGUUCACCUCUUACAAAACUGGGCAGAGGUUACAUAUGCUUCAAAAGGAACAAUCAUUAACAGGUAAAAUCAAGGAUAGUGGCUGUCUCCCAUUCCACUGUUCCACAGCAAAACACCGUAGUGGGCCUGCUGGUUUUAGGCCUAAUUAUAUUCUGCAAGUAAUUUAUGAAUUUGAGUGACCAGAACAAAAUCUAUUGAUUAUGUAGUAGAAAAACUGGCCAGUCUAUUGCCUGAGCCUGGUGGGGGCAUAUUCAGAGAGAUUGGGAGGGGGGAUUCCAGAUGUCCAGGAACAUUGCCAACUCCUAAACAAUUGGUUGCAUAGGUAGUAUGGUCAUAACACCUGUAGAGAUAACCUGGUCCCUUAAUUUAUAAUCUCAAAAGGCUUUAAGGCACAACUCAAAGCUUGAUGACAAUGUUAUGUAUGCAAUGAAAGAUAAAAGGACCAAGCUGAUAAUUGGGGCAGACUAUAAACCACGUUAAAUUCUGGAGAUGUGGUACAACUACCUAUAUAGUGGAAUAUUGCAGGGUAAUACCUGAGAGACAAAUACCACUUCCACGGAACCAAUACUGGCUCUCAAAAUACGUCAGUUUUCUUCUUUUCUAUGCGGACUGUAAAAAAAAAACAAUUGUACAGUUUCUUCUUCAGUUACUGAAGUAAACCAGCUCAAAUAUCUACAGUUCUCCUUCAAACUCUUUCUGUAUUACAGAAACAGGAUAAAGAAUGUGUUACUGUGAAUGCCAUAAAUCAGGAUCCACAGCUUCAGUUGCCUGAUUCAAACACAGAUAACUGACCACCUCAAUAUAAAUGAGUAGAAAGCACCAUAUUUUUCUCAAAAAACUUUCAGAUGUUAGAAGCCUAUCUUAGAUGCUGGUUUAUGCAGACGCACAAAAGCACUUAUUCUAAAAUGGCCAUUAAGAAAAACCACCUUAAUAACCCCCCAAAGUGGGGCAGUUCCUAGAAAAAGAACUCCCAUUCCUUGUCAAGGUACCAGCAAUGUAACCCAGGAAUUACAUGUUUUACACCGAAUAAAAAGGUCUGAUUGUUUACUUGUAACUCUGGUCAGUUCUGCAUUCACACACGUAGGUUUGUCAUUUACACAAAAGUGUCAUUUGGAGCCUUCUAAUGCCCAAGGAAUGCUGGUGUUGAGGGCAGCCAUUAUCUCCUAUACAUAU